AUGGACGAGCUCUUCGACGUCUUUGACGACAAGCCCCAGGCGGCCAAGCCUGCGGAGGGCACAUCCAAACGCCCUAAGAAGGAUAAGGAUCGGAGCAAAAAGCGUCAAGUCAACGGCGAUGUGAAGCAAAAUGCAAGCGCACCGGUAGAGGACAAAGAGGAUGUUGUCCUGUCGGAUGCGCCGGCGGCAGAGAUUGAUUCCGCGAAAUCGCCUGCAGAGAACGAGCAGCCCGAGGCAAAACGACUACGCCUCGACCAGGAACCCGCGCCCGUGGUCGCUGAUACGUUCGAAACCGAGCAGGAGCAGCAGAUCUCGGGAUCUGGGGGUCUAAUUCCGGACCAGGGGUCAAUGGUGCUAUCGCAUCAAGUACGCCAUCAAGUUGCCAUCCCUCCAAACUAUCCCUACGUGCCCAUUUCCCAGCACAAGCCACCGGCGGAGCCCGCGAAGACAUGGCCAUUUCCCCUCGACCCGUUCCAGCAAGUCGCGGUUUCUUCAAUACAGAGAGAGGAGAGUGUGCUGGUGUCGGCCCAUACUAGUGCCGGCAAAACGGUGGUCGCAGAAUACGCCAUCGCACAGAGUCUCAAGCUCAACCAGAGAGUCAUCUACACCAGUCCAAUCAAAGCGCUCAGCAACCAGAAAUACCGAGAGUUUGCUGCCGAAUUUGGAGAUGUCGGCCUGAUGACUGGUGAUGUGACGAUCAAUCCGACGGCGUCCUGUCUGGUCAUGACCACUGAAAUUCUUCGGUCCAUGUUGUACCGGGGCUCGGAGAUUAUGCGUGAAGUUGCGUGGGUGGUCUUCGAUGAGAUCCACUAUAUGCGCGACUUGAACCGUGGCGUUGUCUGGGAAGAAACGAUCAUCUUGUUGCCCGACAAGGUUCGCUACGUCUUCUUGUCUGCCACCAUCCCCAACGCCAUGCAGUUCGCCGAGUGGAUCGUGAAAACACAUGACCAACCCUGCCACGUUGUAUACACGAAUUACCGGCCGACCCCGUUGCAACAUUACUUUUUCCCCGCUGAUGGCGAGGGUAUUCAUCUAGUCGUGGAUGAAAAGGGGGUGUUUCGCGAGGAGAACUUCCAGAAAGCGAUGAGCGCCAUUGCGAACAAGAAGGGUGAUGACCCGGCCGAUGCUAUGGCCAAACGGAAAGGCAAGGGCAAGGAUAAGAAGACUAACACGGGCGGCAACAAGGGUCCAUCAGACAUUUUCAAAAUCGUGAAGAUGAUUAUGCUCAACAAGUUCAACCCGGUCAUCGUCUUCAGCUUCAGCAAACGCGAAUGCGAGGCGGGAGCCCUCAAUUUGAAAAAUUUGUCAUUCAAUGAUGACUCGGAGAAAGCGAUGGUCGUCAAGGUCUUCCACAGCGCCAUCGAGAUGCUCUCCCCAGAAGACCAGGAAUUGCCCCAGAUCCAGAACCUCCUUCCCCUUCUUCAGAAAGGCAUCGGUGUUCACCACUCGGGGCUACUUCCAAUCCUGAAGGAAACCAUCGAGAUUCUGUUCCAGGAAGGUCUCAUCAAAGUCUUGUUCGCAACUGAGACCUUUUCUAUUGGGUUGAACAUGCCUGCAAAGACUGUGGUCUUCACCAGCGUUCGCAAAUUCGAUGGAAAGAGCCAGCGCUGGGUCACACCGUCCGAGUUCAUUCAAAUGUCAGGACGCGCAGGCCGAAGAGGUCUUGAUGACCGAGGUAUUGUGAUCAUGAUGAUUGGCGAGGAGAUGGAGCCUGCUGUGGCCAAGGAGAUUGUGCGCGGUGAGCAGGAUCGGCUCAACUCGGCCUUUCAUCUGGGCUACAACAUGAUUCUCAACCUGAUGCGUGUGGAGGGCAUCUCACCGGAGUUCAUGCUUCAAAGGUGCUUCAAGCAGUUCCAGAACGCAGGGAGCGUUGUUGGUCUGGAAAAGGAGCUUCGUGAGCUGGAGGAGAAGAAGGCCAAUAUGACCAUCUCCGACGAAGGCACCAUCCGUGACUACUACGAGCUGCGAGAGCAACUUGACAAGUAUAACGACGACGUUCAGAUUGUCCUCUCCCAUCCCAAGUAUGCACUAUCUUUCCUCCAACCGGGUCGUUUGAUCCACGUCAAACACAGAGGGCUCGACUUUGGUUGGGGUGCCGUGGUCAACGUCAAGGAACGCAAGGUUCCGAAGCACUCCACCGAAACCUUUAGCCCGCAUCAGUCGCACAUCGCUGAUGUGCUGGUAAAAAUUGCUGACGGGCCGUCCGUGAGCACCAAGACCUUUGACGACAUCCCGGCAGGCAUUCGACCUGCCAAGGAGGGAGAGAAAGCCCGUAUGGAGGUUGUGCCGAUGACGAUGUCUUGUAUUGCUGGUAUUUCCCAUAUCCGGCUGCAUCUCCCGAGAGAUCUCGUUUCGGUCGACACGCGGAAUGGUAUCAGGAAACACAUAGACGAGGUGCACCGGCGGUUCCCAGACGGUAUCGCCGUCCUUGAUCCGCUUGAGGAUAUGCGGAUCGAAGAUGAUUCGUUUAAAAAGCUGCUACGGAAAAUCGAAGUCCUCGAGUCUCGUCUUCUGAGCAACCCGCUGCACAACUCUCCACGGCUGCGCGAUCUGUAUGAGCAGUAUGCCCAGAAGGUGGCGCUUGGCACGCAGAUCAAGGAGAACAAGAAGAAAAUCACGGAGGCUCAAUCGAUUUUGCAGCUGGACGAACUGAAGAACCGCAAGCGUGUGCUCCGUCGGUUUGGAUUCAUCAACGAGGCUGAGGUCGUUCAAUUGAAGGCCCGCGUUGCGUGUGAGAUCAGCACUGGCGAUGAACUGAUGCUCAGCGAGCUGUUGUUCAAUGGUUUCUUCAACAACCUCACCCCCGAGCAGCUGGCGGCGGUCAUGAGCGUGUUCGUGUUCGAGGAGAAGGUCAAAGAGGCCCCUGCCCUGACCCGAGACGAUUUGGCCAAGCCUCUUAAGGAGAUUCAGUCGCAAGCUCGGAUUAUUGCCAAGGUCUCGCAAGAGUCCAAGAUGGCCCUCAACGAAGACGAGUAUGUGCAGAGCUUCCACUGGGAACUGAUGGAAGUCAUUUUCGACUGGGCGCACGGCAAGAGCUUUGGAGAGAUCUGCAAAAUGACCGAUGUCUACGAGGGCAGCUUGAUCCGGGUUUUCCGGCGGCUGGAGGAGUGUCUGCGGCAGAUGGCCCAGGCGGCCAAGGUGAUGGGCAGCGAGGAGCUGGAGGCCAACUUCGAGUUGGCGUUGGCCAAGGUGCGGCGAGAUAUUGUUGCCGCACAGUCUCUGUACUUGUAG